GCUGGAUCUACGUACCUUCUUGUCUCUGGAUAACGUUAAAAGAAGUUAUGGCCGUAAAAGAGAGAGCGGCCUGGGGCAGCCAUCUGGAGUUUAUUCUGACCUUGAUCGGCUUCGCUGUGGGGCUAGGAAAUGUUUGGAGGUUCCCUUACCUCUGUUACAGAAAUGGAGGAGGGGCUUUCAUCAUUCCCUAUUUCAUCUGCCUGGUGGUUAUGGGUAUCCCCUUGUUUUUUAUGGAGCUCAGUUUUGGACAGUUUGCAAGCCUUGGACCCAUCAAGAUCUGGGCAAUCAACCCUGCAAUGAAAGGUCUCGGGUUUACCAUGGUGAUUGUUUCAACAUUUAUCUCCCUUUAUUAUAACGUCAUCAUCGCGGUCUGCAUCUACUAUUUCUUCGCGAGUAUGACGAGUGAGCUCCCUUGGUCAAGCUGCAGUGACUAUUCAUGGGCCUCGUGUUAUUGUAGGGAUCCCAACAUGAACUCGUCCGACCCUGACCCCUGGAACAUGACUCGGCUUGAAUGUGUGAGACAGUUCAACGAAACCCCUUUCAGAAAAGAACUCGUGAGGAGCCCAAGUGAGGACUAUUUCAAUAAUCGAGUUCUACACUUAUCAGACAGUCUCGGGGAUACAGGAAGUGUCCGCUGGGACCUGGCUCUAUGUCUUCUGCUCGCCUGGACCAUCGUGUUUCUCGUGCUCACCCGGGGCAUUAAAUCGCUGGGCAAGGUCGUGUACGUGACGGCAAUCUUUCCCUACAUCAUCCUGACGAUUCUGUUGGUAAGGGCGGUAACUCUAGACGGUCAUGAGAUGGGCGUGGACUUCUAUUUAUCACCGGACCUUGACAAACUGUCGUCUGCUGAUGCGUGGUCGGAUGCAGCUGUACAGAUUUUCUUCUCGCUCAGUGCCUGUUCGGGCGGCCUCAUUGCCAUGGCAAGCUACAAUGAGUUCAACAACAAUGUUCUCAGGGACGCGCUUAUGGUACCAGUGAUUAACUGCUUGACCAGUUUCUUCGCCGGGUUCGUCAUUUUCUCAACCCUCGGGUUUAUGGCGCAUCAGAAAGGUGUAUCAGUGGAUGACGUCGCAGUAGAUGGUCCCGGUCUAGCGUUUGUGGCGUACCCGGAAGCCCUGUCACAGAUGCCGGUUGCACCGCUGUGGUCCAUCCUGUUCUUCCUAAUGAUGAUCAUGCUUGGAUUCAGCUCUCAAUUUUCAAUCGUAGAGACCGUUCUUACGGGCCUUAUAGAUGAGUUCCCGUGGUUGAUGCGCGGCCGCGGACGAACUGUCGCCUUCCGAGGAUGUUUCUGUUUGCUUGGCUUUCUUCUAGGGCUGCCUAUGGUAACCGAGGCCGGUUUCCAUCUACUAGACAUCGUUGACAACUCGACGGGCGGCUUCCCUUUGUUGUUUGUCGGAUUCUUUGAAACAGUGGCAAUCAUCUUCGUCUACGGUUACGUUCGUUUCCGUCGCGAUAUCGAGAUGAUGAUCGGAGAUUCCGGAUUUGUACGAGUGAUGUUCUACUACUUCGCGCCAAUGUGGAUCUGUCUGACGCCUCUAGGACUACUUGCUGUGAUUUUGUUCAGGUCUAUACAAUACGAGACAAAGCAUUUCGCAAACCCGGAAGUGUUUCCCGUGUGGGCUGACGUCAUCUGGUGGCUUAUCGUAACCGGGUCCCUUAUCUCAAUACCGGCCUGGUUCCUGGGGUAUGGCUACAGACAUGGUGGGAAAGAGUUACUAAGUGAAAUUAACGCUCCAACAGGCAAGUGGCGACCAAUGAUGGCUUCAAACUGUACUGGCGAUUACAGGAAGAAGGUGGCUUCGGUAAAGAACAAGAGUAAGAAGUAUUCUAUUGACAUUGAUGACGUCAUUGCUCUUCCAGGAAACUCUAACCAACGCAAUGUGGAUAUACCGAGUGGAACAACGCAAGCAAACGGGACGACAGUAUCAGACGUGUACGACAAUGCGGCCUUUGACAGAAGUGACAUGCAUGAAGGUCAAGGUCAAGGUCAAACGGGAGGCCAAGACGAAAUCACACGUGGUUUCAGUUAUACCCUGAACCAUGAACGCCUGUAAAGGAAGAUUUUGUUUGUUGUUUGACUGUUUUUGUUAUCUGUUAAAAGGACUCGCCCGCAGAUCUAAUGUUGGCAUUUUUUUUUCAAAAUGUGUUUAAGUUGAGUAAUUAACACCAUUACUGGCAUACUCUCCUUUAAACAUAAUUUUGUAAAUCUAAACCAAAGGUCAUUUAAUUACCAUUAGCGUUUCUGACGCUUUUAGCAAAGUAAAGCCUUUUGUCACUUUUUAUGAUUCUACUUACAUAGCUGAUUUCACAUUACAACCAGCAUUUUGUUCAUAUUUUAAAUGAAAAUAUCCUUAUAAAACGUGGUCGUUUCCCUUUAAUUUUGCAAGUUAUUUUUUAUUGUGUUAGCAAAUACGAUACAAAAACACAUUCAAUGACUUUUGGAGACUAAAGCUAUUCUCUUGAUGAUAAUAACCAUUUGUGUUAAAGAUUGAAGUCCAAUGUCCUAUUUAAUUGACAUUGAUAUUAUUCAGUGAUUUCAAAAUGGCCUAUUCCCAUUUUAUGAAAUAAUAAGGCUUAUUUGAUAUGUGUUAUUAUCAAAGAAAACACCAUCAACUCUAUUAACUAUGUAGAAUUUUUGCCAGAAUUAUUGUAGUGCUAUCUAUUUUCAAUAUUUUAGCUCGCCUGUUGUUUUUUUCUUCAUAAAACGGACAGUCGAACGAACAGUUGAGAUUUAGACAUAGUCUUGGUGUUGUUGUCGCCGAUGUCUUCAUUUUCGUUGUGCAAAACCUUUAACCAUUACCAUAUCUCAGAAACCGUUCAAUAUAUUAAAACAAAAUCGUAAGACAUGUUGUCAGAACCGAUACGCACAUGUUUGGCAAGACACACAACUCUGUGUUUAUACAUAUUUAGUUAUUUCCCAUGUUUGUCUCAAAACAGACGAGCGUUGGAGUUCGCUCAGUUGCGCUCUUAUUUUUAGUUUUAAAGCUGCACUCUCACAGAUUGACAGUUUUUUUACGUAUUUUUAUCAUUUUUGUCUUAUAAUCAGCUGAUUUGAUAUCUGAAUGCAUUCAAAUAUUCAUGUAAGUUAACCCGCUAUUGAAUAAUAAUUGACUGUAAUCUGAUCUUUUGACAACAGUCUUAUAUCACCGGUGUCCAGACAUUUGCACAACGAUUGGCUCAUUCGUAGAAGAAAUACAAAAAAGCCAAAACGAUCAAUUUGUGUGAAUGCAGCUUUAAAUGACCGUUUAGAGUAGGGUUCUUAGUUAGAAAUAAAGAGAAACCAACUUACAUACACAGAGUUUAAUAUCAUCACUUUGGAACACGUUUACAUAUUUUCAUAGCAAUAUUGCAAAUAUAUACAAACAAUAAGGAAAGCUUAAUAAAUAUGAUGAUAAAAUUCAAUAAAUACAUUAAAUUAUUUACAAAAAAGCAAACAUGAAAAAUAUGGAUCAAAAAUGAUAUGAUGCACACAUAUACUUAUCAAUAUAUAAACAUAGAAUGUGUAUAUACAUAAUAUUAUUCACUCGUAUGUUAAGGUAAAUCCACAUCGUGUGCUAAGUAUAUGGACUGUUUGUUCAUACUUAGACACACAAAGAUCAACAUGUUUGACUUAUUCAAUAUAAUAUUUAACCAUGUCAUUUAUAAAAGAUGCACUCUUUCUCCCAAAUAAGAUUUACUACAAUUAAUACAAUUGUUUUAAUAUACCAAAACGGAUGAAGAAAUGUCGAAAACAAUUAUUUUUUUAUGAAGGAUAUGGAGCUUAAUUUGGAAGAAAGGUGCAGAAAACACGGUAUUUCUACCUUAUGAGACGAUAGUAAAUCACUGUCAAUCUUUUAGCACUCACCAAGCAUAAAAUAUGUUUGGGUUUUCAGCUAUUAAAUACAUGAUUACAAUCUUGUUAUCAGUACUUAUUUUUUUCCACAAAUGCAUUAUUUCGUAAGUAGUUAUUUCUCAAAAUUUAUGUUUGUUAUACAUGUGUAUACAUAUUGUUUUUGAAUAAGAGUGUCACUUUAAGCAUUUCAUGUUUUUAGCGCAAACACUGAAAAAUGUGAUAUAAAGCUAUAAC